GAGAACGAUAUGCGAACGCGUCGCAGGAGGUCUCUGCGGCGCAUAUAGUGGGAUGCACCAACGAAUGCAAGAUGGAAAACCCGUCCCAGCCGUGCCUCGCCUUCAACUACAGGGAGUCGGAUGGCACUUGCCAACUGUUGCACGGGGGGAGCAGCCAGCUCGUCCCUGCGGAAGGGUUCCAGGCGUUCGUUCAAUUCCUGUGCCUGACGGACUACCCGAAGAUGAAGAACGCGAAUGAGUCCUUCGAGGAUUGGAACGGGGAGCAUCCAGCCCCGCAAGGCGCGAAGGUCGUCUUCACGUGCCAGAAGGGUUUCGUCGACGGACCGAGCACGCACACGGCCUCCUGCUCCUGCAACACGCCUGAUGUCUGGUGCACGACGUUCGCGCUGGGGGAGGAGGAUGGGCUCUGCCCGCCGUAGUGUGAGGAUGCC